UCUAUCUUCUGGUCAAUCUAACCAAUUAUUAUAAAUCUCAGCACCCUGGGUCGUUCCGGGUAGGCCUGGAAUACUCACAGAUCUCUGGUUUUUUCUGCUUCUGGGUGUUGAAAUCUGAAAUGGGUAACGCGGCUGCAUCAUCCAGAACAGGGCGCCAGGUGAAAGUGAUGAAAUUGGAUGGCGAAGUUCUGAAGUUUAAGGCCCCCAUAACGGUGGAUCAGCUUCUGCAAGAUUACCCAAAUCAUGUCAUAUUGCUCUCUGAUGCUGUUCGUCAUGUGGGCGUUCGAGCCAGGCCUCUGGACGGAUCCACACAGCUUAUGCCCAAACAGCUCUAUUUUCUGCUCGAGAUGCCCAAAAUUGAGGCUUUUCGUGGCCUCGGGAGGGUUCGAUCCGAGAUCAACAUGAGCGCCCAGUCGAGGCUUGAAGCCAUGCUUUUGGCUCGGAGAUCGAGCUCUGAUAUCACUGGGCUUACUUCUAGUUCUUCUCCUUGUGCAGUUUCUGGGAAUUCCUCCCCCAUGAAAGGGGAAGACGGAUCCGUUAGGGUUAAAGUCAAGGUGAGCAAAGCCCAACUGGCUCGAAUGACUCUGGAAAGCGAGAACAGUUCCGAAACUGCCGCAAAGAUUCUGGACCUGUGCCUUGAAGACGCAGAGCCCAAAAAAAUUGAAUCUUGUAGCCCGAAUUUGGUUCAAGAUCAGGGCUUUGAAACACCCCACCGUUCCUGCACGAAAACUGUGAAAAAACGGGUGAGGUUUCAUUCUGAUGUCCCAAACGCGGAUGUUUACUGAAGGAUGAGAAUCUGAGAGAGCCGAAAUCUUGUGCAAUUAUAGUGCUGCCAUUUUAGAGAACUUAGUUUGGAGGAAUUGCCAGUGCAACUGAAUUUUGUAUAGAAUACGUUGAAAAAUCAUUCCGUUGAAUAUUCAA